AUGGUUCAAGAAGACAGCGUCGUGGCCAGGGCGAAGCUUUUCCCGGCGGGACUGCCCGUGGCGGCGCGGCCCUGCGACUGCUGCCGGUCAGCGGCGGCACUGCUUUUCUGCGCCGCCGACUCCGCCUUCAUGUGCAUAGCCUGCGACGCCGUUGCCCACCGCCGGGGCGCGUCGCACGGCCGCGUCUGGCUGUGCGAGGUCUGCGAGCAGGCACCCGCCGCCGUCACCUGCCGGGCGGACGCUGCCGCCCUCUGCACCGCCUGCGACCGCGACAUCCACUCCGCCAACCCUCUCGCCGGCCGCCACGACCGCGUCCCGGUAGUCCCCUUUCACGAUGCGGCGGAGUCCGCCCUCGCGAGGUCCGCCGCUUCCUUUCUGCCGCCGGCGGCCGACGACAGUCACAUCCCCGAUUCGUGGAUCGACAAGUUGCAGGCGGCUGGAGACGGCGAUCUGAAAUCCAUGGAGCUGCUCUUUCAGGACUCCGAUCAGUUCCUUGAUUUUGACAAUUUCCAGAUCCCGUCUCAGCCGUACGGGGACAGCGUGGUUCCGGUUCAGGCAAUUGUCAAGCCGGUUGACCUCCCGGUCCACGACAGCUCUCCGGAGAACCGGUUUAUGAUUGAUUUCUCGGGAUCCAACAUCAACAAUUGCAGCUACACAGCUCCAACUCUUAGCCAAAGCGUCUCCUCGUCGUCGAUGGAGGUCGGGAUCGUGCCCGACGGCGGCUCGUUCUCAGAAACCUCGUUCCCGUUCGGGCGGAGCAUCGGCUCGACCGGGUCGCAGGUGGUUGGGAUGGACCGGGAGGCUAGGGUUUUGAGGUACAGAGAGAAGAGGAAGAACCGGAAAUUCGAGAAGACGAUCCGGUAUGCUUCGCGGAAGGCGUACGCCGAGACCAGGCCGAGGAUCAAAGGCCGAUUCGCGAAGAGGACCGAAUCGGAGUCCGAGUCGGACAUCGACCAGAUCUUCGUCGCCGGCGCGGCGAGCUUCAUCGCUGACGCCAGAUACGGCGUCGUGCCGUCGUUCUGA